CACAAAAAUAAAGCACCAAGAUGAUGAUGACUGUCAACAUGAUGAACAACGAUCCUCUGUCGAGUUUUGUGCAAGGUUUGCUGGCCGAGAAGAACGGAGAGUCCAUGGACAUUGUCCAGGACAACUGCGGCAAGCUGACCGAUCGAGCGCGGCAACAACUGCAACUGUCGUACCGAGCUCCACGGUCGAGUCUGGAUGGCACUUCGCGAUGGGACGACAGCAGCAGCGGUCGACGAGUCUACAGCGACCGGACCAAUGACACUUGCAACGGCAGCAAUAACCACAACACUAGUGCUACUAGCAAGCUUCACAAGAGCAAGAACAAGCGAAAGGGCAAGAUCACAUGCCGUCGUAUUUCUGAUCCUACUCCUUUGUCUUCGACUACUCCCAAAAAGUGCACCAACCCCAUGAUGCGCCCGCAGCGACGAUCCAGUUUGGAAGCCGGUGCCGAUCGAUGGAGUUCGAGCAUGGCGUCCGACACUAGUAAGGAUCAUUUGCCACCACAGGAUCCCUCCAAGCGAUCGCAAUUGCUAUGGAGAGUGGCAUUGGAUGACUGGCUGGCCAAGCACGAUGAGGACGAGACCGACUCCGAGACGGACGACGACGAAAGCACACUGUUUUCCAUUGACGUCUUUGGAGUCGACUCGGACGACGACGACGAUUCCGAUGAUGACUCGGAUUCGGACGAUGACAGUGACAGUGACAGCGAUGACGAGAGUGAUGAUGAAGAGGAGGAUGAAGACGAACCCGUCGUCUUGACCACUCCUACUCCCAUGCAGUCGGUGCCGUCGCGCUGGUCUUCAGGGCGGGUCGUUACCAGCAAGCCACAUGACUGGACACUCCCACCCAACUGCAUCCUGCCCAGCAUUCAAAAUCUCCUUCGGGAAGCCGCCAAUUCUGACAAGCCAUUCGAUAUGAACCGACGCUUGAUGUCUCUGGCGCAACCGAUUGCUAGCUAAGCAAACAAUGCUCUCUAUCUAAUUACUAACUGACUCUACUACAUACAUACAUACAUUACAUACACUACAUCACUGCCUACCUAGCUAGAUAGCUUGAGACUCAUUCAUCCGAGUGCACCGCUUUCGACGUCGCUGGCUGGUUAGCUAUACUCGAGUAGAUCCAUUUUGCUGGGCUAC